UCUUCUUCUCUCCCCAAUAUCUCUUCUUCCCCGAGCUCCCCGCCUCCUCCCUCGCUGCUGCCAGUGGCAUCCUUGCCCCAGGAUCACCACCCUCUUCCCCUUCCUUGGCCACAUCAGGCGCCGUCGUCUCCUCCUCUCCUGUUUCCGCACCACCGUGGAGCUCGGCCACACCCCUACGCGCACGGCCGCGAAACCCUAGCCAUACCCUGGGCUUGGUCGUUGGCAUGGUGUAUGAGGAGGACGCGUCUCCUAGCGUGACGAGGACCGUCGCGGGAGGCUACACCAGGACACCUUCGUCAAUCUCCACGAGGCGGGUCAUGGGGAGGGCUUCCCCAGGACGCCCUCCACUCCGCCAUGCCGCCCCCGACGAGCUCGAGGAGGAGGCACGGCAUCGGUCACAAGUCCGAGGGCGAGACCAUCCGGUGGCUGCUGCAGCAGGCGGAUUCGGCCAUCGUUGCCGCGGGGACGGGCACCAUCUCGGCGUCCUCUCUCUCAUCUGUCGCGCCCUCGCCCCCGUCGCCCAUCGCCGUUGUUUUUGACGCUGUUGCGGCCGUGCCUGGGCAGGUGGGCGGCGAUGCAUCAGCGCGGGGAGAGGUCAGGGCGAGGGGUUCCGCGUUCUCCUGCUGCGAGGCCGCCCUCCGCAGCGCGCAACCUCUUGAUGUCGCUGCCCUGAUGUUAAUGGUUUGUCUGUCGAGAUUUCUGCUUCUGAACGUUGUUCGUGGCGCGGAGAGUUUGGGCGACCUCCUCUCCCUGCCAAGCGGCACGGCCAUGGGAGGAGACAACGCGACCGAUGCUCCAUCUGGGAUGCGCAUCAAGUGGAGAUGGUUACUGGAGAAAUCGAAGCAAUUGGCUGUGGUAUUGGAGAGACCAGACCUCUGGAAGGAUUCAGUUUUCGCCGGGAAGGUUAGUCGUGAGUAAGGUGAGAUCGUGGCAAGAUUAAGCCAGUGAACCAAUUCGAGCAGGAAUUGAUGGAGCACAUUGACAUGUUGACGCAUGAACAUGGAGAGGGUGAUAAUGAACUUGAGACGGUGAAUAUAUAUAUAUGCAUUGCUCAUUUUUCAUAAUUACAGAUGACAUAGCUCCAAAUGCAUUUACAUUGACCUUUACUGAAACAAUUUGUGACAACAAAUUUGCUGCCUGCUUUAUCCACUGGUUAACUACCCUGUGCAGGAAUCCAUGAAAGCAUUAGCCGAUAUGAGAAGAGAUAGAAAGGAUAAGGAACUCGAUGCAUUCUUUCAGGAGAUCGUGACCCUUACCCUUGCUUCAUUGAGGUAUAUUUGUGGCAUUAUCUUAAGAAAUUUAAGUGAAGAGGUCACUAUAUAACUAUUGUACAGUAGCCGGAGAAAGGUAAUGAAGAACUUGGAAGCCUGUAUGUAUGAUUGGAGGUUUUUUUUUUGCCUCCUUUAUUAUUAAGGGACUUUUCUGUUGUUAAAUGUUUCGAAUGUCCUAGAUUUUCUGAAAAGAAGUUGGACCAUAAUCUAUUGGUUUUUCCCCCAUCCUAGAUAGGGUAAUCCUGCAACCUUUGCAUUACGGAAGGUGCUGAUGCUCUGCCUCUGGAUUUUUGUGGAGCAACUUCAAAUUUAUAUCGAGUCUAUUACAUAUGCUUCACAAAAUAUAACACUUUAAAUUGUGCAGUGGUUGCUAAGCAUACUGUGGAAAAAGUAAUAAAUCUGAAAUAUGUUGAAGAUCGUUAGUUUCAUUUUUUAUUUUUUAAAAAUCAAUUCCAUUUGCUUAGACCAGCUCACUAUUUACCUGAAAGUCACAUAUGUCAUACUUCUUACUCUGAUAGUUUAUUCAGCAAAGUUAAAACUAAAACAACCAAUCCCCUAGCGCAGCGAAGCAGAUAACGCCUACAAAGGUCUUGUGAGGAUUGGAGAUGCAACUUGACUUGCAUUUACCAGACUAAAUCAGGAAUAUGGGGAUUAGACUUCAAUCAGAAGCCUGUACACAUUCACACCUUUUAAAUACACACUUUUCCUUCUUUCUGUUGUUAUUUUCACUUCUUCAUUUUCAAUAUUGUAGCUAGGUUUUUUGUUUGAAUCAUCUCUAUCGCUCUCUCUCUGCAAAGGCCAAUUUUUUGGCUCUUUCAAUAACAUAUCCAUCAUAUAAAAUGGCACAGUCAACUUUCUCUAAUAAUGGUUAUCUAUUCAUACAUAAAACUAUCUGGAUUGUAAUAUAGUGAAAUAUAACCAGUUUGAUUUCUGAGACGCAAUAUAUGGAUUCCGGUUGCAAGAUCCCUACCAAUUUUCUACCUACGCCUCCAAAUAUUAUCCUCAAUAUAAGAGUAAUUGUCACACACAUGUAAGUUCAGUGGAAUCUGUUUUUCACUACUUCCAAAAGGCGGAGGGAAGUUGAUUCUUAGUCUCUUAGAUGGCACUGGCCAAGCAUACACCAUCUCUGAAUUUAUCUUAGAAAAUUCUCUUAGGCUAGAUUGUGAUCCUUCUAUGUCAUUUGAACACAUUUACUCCAAUCUAGCUUUAUAAUACCUUCAACUUAAUACUUUAAAUCAAUUGUUAUUGUCUUCUCUAAAAUAUUCUUACUUCCAUGUUGUGGGUUCAUGUUUUCUCAUGGAGUAGAAGGCAUAUUUGAUUUAUUUAUUUUCUUAAUCACCAGCACAAUACUUCCUCCUUCGGCUAUUCAAAACAUACGCACUUUCCAAUAAUUCAUUUUGCGGUGGUUUCUUACUAUAUGUCAAAGCACAUCAGAAAUUGGUAUGUUCAAACUAUACAUGCACAUACAAACACAAUUUACCUCUGGCCCUCCUUCUCUAUCUAACCCUCGCUCUUUCCUCUCAUGGUCAAAAUACAAUAUCUUACAAUGGGUAAAUCUCCUCUAACUCUCUUCAGAUAUGGAGAUAGUUCAGAGACUAGAUAGGGACCUGCCAAACCCAAAAAUAGCAUUGCGGCCACCAGCCAUUCUUCUGUAGAUACAUACUUCUGAAAGAGGUGCAAGACUUAUCUAUUUUCUCCGAAUCGUUUUGGCACUUGAUGUUUGCUAAACUCAAAUUAUUCCCACAAUAUACUCAAUUUGAUUCUAUCUCGAAAUUUUAUUUUGCUCCUUAGAACUUUGGCUUGCUAAUAUUUUUUCCGUGGUUCUAUAACAAAGGUUAGCAAGUUUACUAUUGGUUACUAUGUUGGUAUUGAAAAGACCUCUCAAGCAAAAUAUUUGAUCAACCUUAUUUAUUUACCAUGCAAAUUAACUUCAAUCUGGUGAUCCAAAUCCUCUAUCUGACUUGUAGAAGAAUAGCAAAGUUUACUAUUGGUUAUUAUUUUGUUCGUAGUAGUAGGAAAUAUGUGUACCGAAAUAUAUUCCUAAAGGAAGUAAUUUAAAUUAAAAAUCAAGGUUCCACUAGAACCAAAGGCAGUAGAAAAAACCUAGAACACAUGUUCGAGGAUAUGCUUAUUUUCCUAGACCCAACCAUGCGUGGGCGAAAACUGCAUACGCCUGUUGAAUAUGCUUAAAUUCCUUGGAAAAUAAGCCAUAUAUAUGUGUUCGUAUGUUGGUUUUGAUCUUUCCUUGAACACCAAAGCAUGCAUAAAUUCCAUUUUAGUGCUCCAUUUUUGCGCUGAGCAUAGGUAAUAAUAUAUUGUCAGAGACAUGCUAAGCAUAGGUUAUGUAUUGUCAGUAAUAUAUUGUUAGUAUUUUUGUAUGCAGUUCUCUGCCACGAAGAAUAGCAGGUAGUCCAGGUGGAUUUUUUUAUUGUUGUAUGAAUUUUCAUGAUGCCAUUCCUGAAGUUCAUUUCAGACGGAUAUACUCAUAACAGAAUUUGGAUUGUUUGUUUGUUAUGACAAUGGAGCUAUGUCAAGUCAUCGCCAUGUUCACCGGAGCUGUUUCACACAAACUGCUGAGAAGGUUCUCAGCGUUCAGUUGAUGCAGCGACUCUGCAAAUUGGAGCAAGUAGCAUGGGGCAUGAUCGGUAUCUCAUCUCUCUUCAGGAGAUAAUAGCUCUUCAUGUUCAGUAUUUUUGAAUUCUUUAUGUGCUACAUAUGAAAUGGCCAAUCCAUUUGUACCAUGUCAGUUGAGUCUGUGUAGUCAAUUGAGUCUGUAAAGAAUUUCAUAAUAUUCUGUCUUUUGUUCAACUUAUUUUCUUCUUUUA